ACAACCCCGGAGCAGUGCGGGCGCCGCCUCCCUCCGGUCCGGUCCGCCGGGAGCUCCCGGGAGCCUGGAGCACGCGGUCCCCAGCUGGAGCGAUCCCGGGAACCAGGAGUUGAAGGCAGAGACACAGCAGGAGGACCAGGUAAAGACACCUGAAGACAACAGAAGAUGACCUACUGCAAGGCGAUGAGAGAGGCCCCGGGUGGGCACCAACACUACUGGACAUACCUCGUCCUGGGGAUUAGACCAGACUCCUCUGCAAGGAGAGAUCAGUGGAAGCUGUGUUUCCAUGGAGACCCACAUUGAACCAGGUGGUGUUCAACUGUAGCUGCAAUGGUGAGAAGCUCUUGUCUACUAAAAUAAGGUAUCAGCCCACCUUAAAGAGCAGGAUGGAUCUGGACGUGGUUAACAUGUUUGUGAUCGCGGGGGGAACUCUGGCCAUCCCAAUCCUGGCAUUUGUAGCCUCAUUUCUCCUGUGGCCCUCGGCUCUGAUCAGAAUCUACUAUUGGUACUGGCGGAGGACGCUGGGCAUGCAGGUGCGCUACGUCCAACACGAAGGCUAUCAGUUCUGCUAUUCCUUCCGGGGCAGGCCGGGGCCCAAGCCCUCCAUCCUCAUGCUCCAUGGAUUCUCCGCACACAAGGAUAUGUGGCUCAGCGUGGUCAAGUUCCUUCCGAAGAACUUGCACUUGGUCUGUGUGGACAUGCCAGGACAUGAGGGAACCACCCGCUCCUCCCUGGAUGACCUAUCCAUAGAUGGACAAGUCAAGAGGAUACAUCAGUUUGUAGAAUGCCUGAAGCUGAACAAAAAGCCCUUCCACCUGGUGGGCACCUCCAUGGGUGGCCACGUGGCUGGUGUGUAUGCUGCUUACUACCCAUCGGAUAUUGCCAGCCUAUGUCUCGUGUGCCCUGCUGGCCUGCAGUAUUCAACUGAUAAUCAGUUUGUUCAACGGCUCAAAGAACUACAAGACUCAGCUGCCAUGCAGAAGAUCCCUCUGAUCCCAUCCACCCCGGAAGAGAUGAGUGAAAUGCUCCAACUCUGCUCUUACGUCCGCUUCAAGGUGCCCCAGCAGAUCCUGCAGGGCCUCGUGGAUGUCCGCCUUCCUCACAACAACUUCUACAGGAAGUUGUUUUUGGAAAUCGUCAGUGAGAAGUCCAGAUACUCCCUGCAUAAGAACAUGGACAAGAUCAAGGUUCCCACGCAAAUCAUCUGGGGGAAGCAAGACCAGGUGCUUGAUGUGUCUGGGGCGGAUGUGUUGGCUAAGUCAAUCACCAACUGCCAGGUGGAGCUUCUGGAAAACUGUGGGCACUCGGUGGUGAUGGAGAGACCCAGGAAGACAGCCAAGCUCAUGGUCGACUUUCUAGCCUCUGUGCACAACACAGACAACAACAAGAAGCUGGACUGAGGCCCGACUGCAGCCUGCGUUCUGCACACGGCAUCCGCUCCCCGCCCCCCAAGCCUGACGCGGCCACCACUCUCAGGGAUCCUGCCCCCAAGGUGGUCGGAGUGCCGGCGACCCCGAGGAAAGCCUGUCCUCAAUCCCUGGUGUCCAUGGUUCCACAGAGCUUGAGGGGCCACAAGGAAAUCUCCAAGAUCUUUUUCACAAAACAGAAACUCACCUGGAACAAAACAAGAAAACCCAGCCACGAAAGCUACCGAGAAGUCUUCAAGUUCAUAUCGCUGACGAGCUUGUCCAGAGCAGCCCCCUGGACCGCAGUCACAGACGACACUUUGUUUUGGAACAUUCCUCACGGACUGAGACUCCAGAUACCUCCGUUGCUUCCGCCGUCUUCCCCUGCAUGGUCAGUGCCUUUGAUAGGAGCGUUAGUCCCCAUUCGCUGAACCUUCUCGUGUAAGUCUAACUUAAGUUUUCUGUAAAGAACCCAUAGGUGAUUGCAGCCCAUUGGCCCCAGGGCGUGGGGGGAGAGUGGCCAGCUGGAGAACAGGUUUCUGCGUGGAGGGCCUGAGUCCAUCUUGGCCAGCCCUCGAAGCAGCCCAAGCCGUGGAGAACACAGGUGGGCACUUUGUGGGCCAUCCACGAGUCAGGGACGUCGUGAGUGAACCCUGGACAGUCACAGAAGGAAGGACACCUGAACGCCUGGCCGGAUGGGUGUCCCCUAGCUAAUGCAUUAUUUUUAAAAAUAGGGCUAAUAAAGCAAUAAUGUUCCAGACAUCCAUCUAAGUGAGCAGACUCAAGUUCCACACUCGAGAAACUUGUCGGCCUCUUUUGUAUUUUGCUGUGCUACUGAAAACCCUUGGAUGUGAAAGACUAGUUUGCCAAUGGAUUCUGUGAAUUCUGUGAACAAUAACGUGAUUGAAAACAAAUCUGAAACAGCUGUAAAACUGACCACAAUGACAUGAGAUGAAUUUAAUUAAGUCUCGAUCAGCAACACGCAGGUGGUUUCUAUUUUGCACUCCAAGUUUAAGUGCAGUUUUGGUGGAUUUUCUGUUAACUUUACAAUGGGUUUUCAAGUACUGCUUGUUCUACAUGAGAUGGAAAUCUGCUUGGAAGCGUGAUUAGUUUCAACUUAACAAAUCAUGUUUGCAGUCUUUGCUCAACCUAAAGCACCAUCAGCCUGUCACUCUGCCUCCUUUCUGUUGUGUUUAGGAGCCAUAAACUCCCCAGGAAUUUCAUUCUUUAAAACCUCUUUACAGAAGGUCUACAGCCAGGUCAUUCUGAAAAUAAAGUGGUUUAAACUUUAUAGUUUAAAUUGGCA